UUACUAUCGGGCCAAGUGCCGCUAGUGGACGUCCCCCUUUGCCUUCUGUCCGUUUCAGACGAAAACCGGUUGGGAUCAGCGAGUAACUGUAUGUUCAUAUGAUCAUUGCAGCAUGUUCUCGAGUGUUUGUGUGAGUGAGAAACAGUUGAAAGAAGUUAAUUCAAGUGUUAUCCGAUCAUACUCUUUUAUAAAUGCACAUUAAACCUGUAUUUCUGCACGUGUGUACGUAAAUACAUUUUGCUAUAAGUAAGAAGAGCAAGAAUUUUGGUAGAAAACAUGUCAGAUCCUAUAGACAUUAUUGAUUUAACGAUAGACUCACCAAUGAAUAAAACAUCGAAAUUACGGAGUAAAAAUCUUAACAGAAUAUCUAGUAAUAGUACGGAAGCAGUAACAAAAACAAAGACAACAACAAACCGUAGAAAAUGCGACAAAGUAAACGGACAAUUACUUUCAAAUUCUGUUAUAGAAAUACCGAGUGAGAAUUUGUGCAAGAAUACGCAAUCAACAGAGAUAAUAGAUCUAGAUAAUAGUCAUCUGUCUGGAAGUACUAAAAUUGAUAAUGGAGAUAGCUGUGAAGAAAAAACAAAUGCAUUAAUGUGCCCAAUAUGUUAUGAAAAAUUAUCCUAUGAUCGGAAGCCUAUGAGUACUCGGUGUGGGCACAUAUUUUGUAGAAGUUGUUUAGAAUUGGCUAUACAGAACAAAAAAAGGUGUCCGCUGUGUCAAACAAGAACUACAUUUCGUACCUGUAUCACCUUACAUCUGUCUUUUUGAAAAUAACUUUUGCUAAAUUAUUUUAUUAGUUCUUUAUAGAUUUAAAAACAACACAUACAUGCUCAGGAAGUACCAAGAAUAUUUUUCAUAAUUAUUAAUAUGUAAAAAUAUGUAUUUGAUAUCUUAAAAGACUAUAAUUUAGAUGUAGAGUAUACAACUGUUUAUUUUAUUAUCUCAUUAAUUUAUUAAGAUUUAUCAGUAUGACAUAAAUAUUAAAGAACUAAUUAAAUGUUUCUUUCAUAUUAUUAAUAUAUCUCUGACAACUUUAAUACAUCUUGCAAUGAAAUAG